AUGCAAUACGAAGUGCCUCUCCCGAUUACCUUGAACCACGACAUGUCGAACUCCGGCCACUACGCGCAGCAGAAUCUCUACGUGCCCAACGGCAACAGCAGGAUAAAAUCCGAGAAUGGCUCUGAGCGUGGCGUGUCACCGCACACCUCGGACCAUUCGUCUCGAUACUCCUCCCAGACGCCCCAGAACUCGGUAGCCUACCAGCAGAUCGCCGCACAACUCACCAACGGCAUGCGAUACCCUUCACCGAAUCAGCUGCCCCAACAGAAUGGGAUCUCGAUGUUGCAGCACUCCUACAACCCCAAUGCGACGCAAGAUCAGUCGUACCACCAGCAACCCGCACAGCUGGGCGCGGUGCAGCAGAACAUACAACAAGCAGACCAGAGUCCGAUGGAGGGUGGGCGGACAAGCACAGGCAGCACUGGGCUGCCCAAGGCAUUCGCGUGCUCGACAUGCUCGAAGGGUUUCGCUCGGAGGAGUGACUUGGCGCGUCAUGAACGUAUUCACUCAGGCGUACGCCCCCACGUCUGCGAUCACCCUGGCUGCGGCAAGCAGUUCAUUCAGAGGUCGGCCCUCACCGUCCACUCUCGAGUCCACACGGGUGAGAAGCCUCACAUGUGCGAGCGAUGCGGCAAGCCUUUCUCGGACUCCAGCUCGCUAGCACGUCACCGUCGCAUUCACUCUGGAAAGCGUCCCUACAAAUGCCCCUACGCCGAUUGCCAGAAGACCUUCACCCGACGAACGACACUCACGCGUCACCAAAAUCACCACACCGGUACCAUCGAAGAGUCAGAGGCGGCAACAGCUGCAGCUCUUGCGUCUCGAGUCUCCAUGCAAACUCAGCGAUCUAGAGGGUCGGAUGAAGAGAAUGAAUACUCGGGAGAUGGCAAGUCCCCAAUGCCAGCGCCGUCGGAGAGACCAGCUUCGGCGUCUCCUGCUGCAGGCAUGAACGGGGUGGCUCAAAUGCAGAGGCAGACGUCGGACUACUACAUGAACGCGAUGAAUGGAGGCAUGGCCGCUGUACCUGCACACAUUCGCACGGAGAUGGCCCCGACAUCUCGCGCCCAGUCUCCUGCCCAAUACCAGCUGGCUGUCAACGGUCAGCAGCAACAACAGCAGCGACCGCAGCUCACCUCCAACCCGUCAUCUGGCUACAAUCCACCUCAGAUCCUAGAGCCACCUACCGCCAAUAGCCAGCAGCAGCCUGCCAGCGGCAACAACAGCCCACACAUGAACAGCUCGAUGGGCUGGCAAUCCCCACACAACGGCCUCCAGCCUGGACAGCAUGCUACCGAGUACACCUACACCGACCCGAACGGCAACCUGGUCAAUGCGGCUCCGAUGUACUAUCAGCAGUCCAGCGUGCAGCGCCCUCACAGCACUGGUCCAAUGGACCACUACCAGCAGAUCCGUGGCCAGGAGAUGUGGGCAGCGCAGCAUCAGCAGUAG